AAAUUCUUGACAUUUCACGAAGAUUCACGAUUAAAUUACAAUGCACAUUCAAUGACCAAAUGCAAUUCGAGUUUUAGCCUAAGGUCAGAAAUAGAUUCUAAAUAUACCCUCUCUAACUUGUUUAUGAGUAAAAAGAAGACUUUAUUCCCAUCACUGAGCUCUAUAUUUCACCUGAAUGAGGAUGCUAAACCGCCAGCCAAUAUAGUUACUAAUAAACCAAUUAACGACUUAAAUCCUAAAGUUUUGUCAUUAGAAAUAUCGCCUCGUGUCUUAAAAGAAAAAGGAAAGUCUAGCUGGACCAAAAAUUAUAGAAAUCAAUGGUUAGCCGAAGAAUACGCUACUAUGCAAAAGCGUAAUAUUGAAUUAAAAGUUGAAAAUGCCAAGAGAGCGAAUAUGUACAACACGCAAAAAACAAACGUCAAACCAGCAACGAUUAAAUUAGGAGUUAGUGGAUACAAUGAGUCGUUGCAAGCCUAUGAAAAUGCACCAGUAGUAACAAAACAGAAUUACCAAAACUGUAAGAAUAUGAAAAAAUGCAAAAUACAAAUGGCCAAAUUAUAUGAAAUAGAACCAUCCGAUAUGAUAUAUUCUAAUGUGAGCGAUAGUCAGCUCAAAACAAAGGAAAAAAUCUCAGGCAUAUUGAUCAAUGAAUCAAGAAAUGAUCAAAAUACGAUUGGGAAUGAUAAGAAUUAUUAUGAAUCGAUAUUAAGUUCCCUCGACAAUAUUUUAAAUCAAGAAAUUACCGACGAUAUAAAUUCAGGAAAUCGGCUUAGCCAGGAUAACGAUAAAGAUUACAAAUAUAUUUAUUUAAAGAAUGAUGGGAAAACGAUAGAUGUGUGCAAUAAUAACCUUCUUUCAAACUCCGAAACAAUCCUAAAAAGCUGUUUAGACGACUCCUUCACGACUAAUAAUGUAAGAAUAUCAGAUGGGCCGACGUUUUAUAAAGUAGACGAUAUUUCAUUGAGAGAUACAAACUCUGAAAGGUCAAAUAUAAAGGAUAAAAAGAAGGUGCAACUGAUGACAAUCGAUGAGUUAAACACUUCAAAAAUAAGUUUAGCAUCGAAUCAAAAUCUGGAGGACCAGAAUUUCGAUACGGAUUCUUGUUUCGAGGGGAACGACAAUAACCUAGACGAUAUAAUUAAAAACAGACCAAUUAAUCUCACUCGAUCCCCCAAAAUUAAUAAAGGUAUCACAAGAAACAAAACCAUAACGAAUAAUACCAAUGUGACAAAUUUUCGCCGAUUUUCUUCCUACGGCGAAAAACAGAAUCCUAUGUAUUCAUCAUUCAAAGGGCGAGAUAAUAUACAAUUCACAGUGGACUCGAUUUCCGAUAUCAUUCCUCCUUCGUUAAAAGGUAAACAUUCUAAACAUUGUUCAGGGACUCGCAAACUGAUGGCCACUGCCAAAAUGCGUUAUUCUCAAGAAGAUUUAAACCUCGACGUCAAUUUUUUGUCAGAGGAUCACGCUGACGAGGGUAGAACAAGUUUCAGAGAUGAGCCAUUUUCCGACGAUUUAACAAUUGUCGGUAAUAUGACGCUUCGCCGAAAAAAUAUUCUGAAUCGUUUUGCAAAAUUGGCGACCAUAUCAGAGCUUGCGAACUCGGAAAAUAAUUCUACGAUUUUAUUUAAUGGCAAUGACGAUAUUCUAGACAACCGCAAGGAAAAGAUCAAACGACACGGGACGCACAAAACAGACAAAAAAGAACCAGUGGACGCUUACUGCCACGAUGUUGAUGUUACGGUAGAUCGUGGUAAAGAAUUUGACUCCGAAGAGGCCAUUCUACCCAAUGAGGCAAACAAAGUUGGAGACAACAAACCAAAGGCUUGUUAUUAUUUCCCUAAAAUCGAUGUCGCGAGCAACAAAUACUCCAAUCAAGCUAUCAAAGGUCCGACGGAAACUUUCCUCGAUGAUCAAUUUUGCCUUCUUUCGCCACAAAUUGAUUCCCCUUUAAAUAUAACAAAAGAGCAUGGCUAUUGUUCACCAACCCUCAAAUCUGAAUCUAACAUCAAUGAAUUAUAUUCGAAAAAUUUUAUGAGAGUGAACCAGAAAAAUAAUCUGCCCUACUCUCUCAAAAAAGGUGACGCAAAAAAAAGCGCGAAUAAAUACGGUAAAUACCAACGGAACUUUGAUAAAGGGAAAAAUGAUCCCGUAUCCCGUGCACAGGAAAAUAUGUUAUUACCUCAACAAUCAAGUGAGGAAUCCCAAGAUAUAAAAUAUUCCGGCAAAUAUCUAUACGAAAAACAAAGUAGAGGUACAACAUUAUCCUCUGAAGAAUCCUCUGUCACUUCAUUGCCACCUUCUAGGAGUGAUAGUGGUUAUUGCUCGUGGGACAAUGGACUACCGCCUAUGAUUAACGGUCAUUUAGUCAUGAAUUUAGAAAAUAAUUGUAAUGAUUCCAACCCAAACUUUAAGCAUAAAACGAUUCCACCUCAUCGCCUGGAUGAUAAUAAUUCUACCGAGAUAAAGAGCAAAAAUAUCAAUAAACAACACCGAAAAUUGAAUCAAUGGUCUAAUGUUUCUAUAAAUAAUCUGGUAGGCACUCAAGAUCCCAUCAACAUAGCUAAUCAUAAAUGUCUCGAUAUUGAUUGUAAUAUAAAUUCUAUAACGAGACUAGAAUUCUUGGAACCAGAAUCUUUAAAAUGCCCGAUCUCUGAAAUUGACAGUUAUGAGGAAUACAGCGAGAGUGAAGAUGGGUAUUGCGAGGAUAACUCUGUUAUCAACUAUUAUCUACCUCUCAAACCGGAGUUAUGCUCUAAUAUUAGAAAGGACCCCACGCUUCGUCAUGGUUAUUUUGCAAGAUUACUACCCCCAAAACUGGACGCUUUUCAACUUUCUACCCCCAGCGAUCGUAUAAAUAACAACUUACAAAUAUAUAAUUCUCAAAAAUCAUCAUCCCAAUCCCCACCCUGUAGAAAUAAUGCUUUGAAGGCGAAUCAACUUAUUCGUCAAAAAUCUCAGGAAGAGAAAGAAUAUUAUGAAUUAUGUAGGGAUAUGAAAAGUUUAGGUUUGGCCAACCCUAAUUUAAGAAAUAUUUUGAACCAAGAAGUUAACGAAGAGGUGAUAAAGCAAAUGUACCUUAUAUUUGCAUCGGCGAAGGCAAAAUCCGAUAUGAUAUCAUCAUCGAUAUUUAGUCAAGGCGAUACAAUCUCAAAUCCCAAAGUGUCUGCAAUAGAUGAUACCGAUUCUAUGCCGAAUAAUGACUCAAAAAAUAUUCUAUAUCAGGCCAAAUUUUUAGAUGGUGUUCAGAACAAAUUAAAGGCCUUGAAAAUGAUGAAAAGUGAUCUCGAGGAGGAAGUCUCAAACAAUAAUCUUACAUGGCAACAAAUGAAAGCUAUUAUCAGCAAACUAGUGAAAUCUCAAGAAAUGGAGAAAGUUUACCAUUAUUUUGACGAUUCUGAAAAGAUAAUCUGUUUAUUGCUGAGUUUGUCGAUACGUAUUUUUAAAAAUAACCAAUUGUUAAACAGCUGUAUAGAUACCAAAAUGAUGGAUAAUGACAAGGAAAUAUAUGAAAAUCGGAAAUCUAAACUGGAGAUGCAAUACAAAGAUGCCAUGAAUUUGAAGUUAUCUAUAGAUAAACGCCUCCAACUUGUCGAUACUUUAUUCUCAAAAUAUAUCUCGGAAUCUGAUUGCACGAAAUUUCAGGAAUACUGCGAAUCUCGAAUAAAAUUGAUCAUAGAUCAAAGGUUUAUUAUCGAGAAGAUCAAAAUCGGCGAGGAACAAUUGUCAGCUUUGCAAAAUCAAGAAAAUUUUUGAAAAACAUACGUUUAACACAAUUGUUACCGGAAGUUGUGAUAAAUUAUUGGACUGAUAAUAAUAACUCUUUCAUCUAGUAUUAACUAAA